CGUCUCUCAGCCACUCUCUCUCUCUCCCUCCAUAAACCCCAGCCAGCCGCCAGACCUUCCCGGAGGCGGAGCGCCGGAGUGGAGACCUGCUGCAAAGCAACCACUAGGAUUGCAAUCAAUAUCAGUUUCCCCAGGUGUAUGGUUUUCUUGAUUUAAGCAGAAAAUAUGGCUGGUAAGUCGGGCAAGGGGAGAUCUCGUAGAGGGUCUCAGCAAAGUGCUGUAAAUUCAACGGAACAGCCUGUUUCUUCUGCUGCUACCUUGAACAACGGCACCAGCAAUGCACAGGAAAAUGGGGACGUGAGCUUGAAUGAUUCAAAUGGUGCGAAGCCAGAGGUGAAUGACCAAAAUAAUGCAACCGAUCAGGUCCUAACUAAACAAGCUGGUAUUCAUCUUUAUCCUGUUUCUGUAAAAACACAAGGAGGGGAAAAGCUUGAGCUACAAUUGAGUCCGGUAGAUUCUGUGCUGGAUGUACGGCAGUUUCUUCUUGAAGCUCCAGAGACAUGUUAUUUUACCUGUUACGAUUUGUUACUUCAUGCAAAAGAUGGUAUUCAUCAUCUUGAAGACUACAAUGAAAUUUCUGAAGUUGCUGAUAUUACUAGCGGGAGCUGCCUUUUGGAGAUGGUUUCAGCAAUAUAUGAUGAUCGAUCCAUCAGGGCUCAUGUACACCGAACUAGAGAGUUGCUUUCUCUUUCAACAUUGCACUCAUCACUGUCUACACUGCUUGCACUACAACAUGAAACAGCGAAAAAUGCUUCUUCUCGGUUAGGAGAUACUGCUAAGCCUGACAUGGCAGAGCUAGAGAGUUUGGGCUUUAUGGAGAACAUUGCUGGCUCACUCUCUAACUUAUUGUCUUCUCCCUCCAAAGACAUUAAGUGUGUCGAAUAUAUUGUAUUCUCUUCAUUCAAUCCUCCUCCAAGCCACAGAAGGCUUUCUGGAGACUUGCUUUAUUUGGAUGUGGCAACGCUGGAAGGAAAUAAAUAUUGUACUACAGGAACAACAAAAGGUUUCUACGUUAACUCAAGCACUGGCAAUGUUCUGGAUCCAAAGCCACAUAAAUCUUCUUUUGAAGCAACAACACUUGUUGGACUCCUCCAGAAAAUAAGCCCAAAGUUCAAGAAAGCUUUUCGUGAAAUUUUGGAGAGUAAGGCCUCUGCGCAUCCAUUUGAAAAUGUCCAAUGUCUGUUGCUACCAAAUACAUGGCUGGGCUUGUAUCCUGUUCCUGAUCACAAACGUGAUGCUUCCCGAGCUGAAAAUGCUCUGACUCUAUCUUUUGGAAGUGAACUUAUUGGUAUGCAAAGAGAUUGGAAUGAAGAGUUGCAAUCUUGUCGGGAGUUUCCACAUGCUUCACAACAAGAAAGGAUCUUGAGAGAUAGAGCUCUUCACAAAGUGACUUCUGACUUUGUUGAUGCUGCGAUGAGUGGCGCCUUAGGAGUUAUAAAUAGAUGUAUACCACCUAUCAAUCCAACUGAUCCAGAGUGUUUUCAUAUGUAUGUUCAUAACAACAUAUUCUUCAGUUUUGCUGUUGAUUCUGAUCUAGAGCAGUUGUCCAGAAAGCAGGGAUCAGAAGAAAACUCUAAAGUCCAAACUAAAGUGUCUACUCAGAAUAAUUCUGAGAAGUUGGAGAAUGGCCAAGAACAAGGAAAUCAUAGAGUUCCUGAUGGGGAUGAAUCAGCUGUUCCAAAUACUGAUAAUAUCAAUGCAAUUGAAGCACGAUCCCCUGACAUGCCUGCAGAGUCACAGUUGUCUGAAAGUGAGCAAGCCACGUAUGCUAGUGCAAAUAAUGACUUGAAAGGCACCAAAGCAUACCAGGAAGCAGAUGUUCCUGGUUUGUACAAUCUAGCUAUGGCUAUCAUAGAUUACAGAGGCCAUCGAGUUGUUGCACAGAGUGUCUUGCCUGGAAUACUUCAAGGUGAUAAAUCUGAUUCGCUCCUAUAUGGUUCUGUUGACAAUGGCAAGAAAAUUUGCUGGAGUGAAGAUUUUCAUUCAAAGCUACUGGAAGCUGCGAAACGUCUUCAUCUGAAGGAGCACACUGUGCUUGAUGGAUCAGGCAAUGCUGUUGUACUAGCUGCACCGGUAGAGUGCAAGGGAAUUGUUGGUAGUGAUGAUAGGCAUUACCUUUUGGAUUUGAUGAGAGCCACUCCGCGUGAUGCAAACUAUACUGGACCAGGUUCCAGAUUUUGCAUUUUGAGACCGGAAUUAAUAUCUAGCUUCUGUCAUGCUGAAGCAGGUAAGGGUUCAGAAAAGGCAUCUCAUUUAAAGCUGGUGCAUCCUGUUUCUGAUUCUUUGAAUCCAAGUAGCACUGAAGAAGUGGUGAAACCUGAGGAUAAUGCAGCAUCUGCAACAAGUGAAACACAGGAUGUUGAAAAGGAUGAAAAGCAAAAGCUUCAAGAUCUCUCACACUCUAGGAGUGAAGAUGAAAGCAAAGAGAUACUCUUCAACCCCAAUGUGUUUACUGAAUUUAAGCUUGCUGGUGAUCCAGAGGAAAUUGCGUCGGAUGAGGAAAAUGUCCAAAAAGCAAGCCUGUAUCUUAAAGAUGUUGUGUUGCCAAAGUUCAUACAAGAUCUUUGCAUCCUUGAAGUUUCACCUAUGGAUGGACAAACAUUAACUGAAGCACUCCAUGCCCAUGGCAUUAAUGUUCGUUAUAUUGGAAAGAUAGCUGAUGGGAUAAAACAUAUGCCUCACUUAUGGGAUCUUUGUACGAAUGAAAUUGUUGUCAGAUCUGUUAAACACAUUGUUAAGGACAUACUAAGAGAUGCAGAGGAUCAUGAUCUUGCCCAUGCAGUUUCUCAUUUUUUCAACUCUUUGUUGGGAAAAGUUCACUCUGUUUCUUCAAAGGGUGUUGGGAACAUCUCACACUCAAAAUCCCAGAAAAAGGCACAUUCAGGAAGUCAUAGCCCCGGGAAACCCUCAAAAGGACAAGCUAAGUCACCCAUUGGAGGAUAUACAAAGAAGAAACAGUCCUUGUAUUUGAAUAUCACCUCUGAUAGUUUAUGGGCCGAUAUUCAAGAAUUUGCCAAACUCAAAUACCAGUUUGAAUUACCUGAAGAUUCAAGGCAGCGGGUUAAAAAAAUCUCAGUUGUACGAAAUCUUUGUCAAAAGGUUGGAAUCACCAUUGCCGCUCGCAAAUAUGAUUUUGAUGCUUCGUCACCUUUCCAAGCUUCAGAUAUAUUAAAUAUUCAGCCAGUCGUGAAACAUGCAAUCCCAGUUUGUUCAGAAGCCAAGGAUCUGAUUGAAACUGGAAAAAUUCAAUUGGCAGAGGGAGAUCUCCCGGAAGCUUUCACUUUGUUUUCUCAAGCUUUCACCCUUCUCCAGCAAGUCACUGGUCCAAUGCAUCGUGAGGUUGCAAAUUGUUGCCGCUACUUGGCUAUGGUUGCAUAUCAUGCCGGAGAUAUGGCUGGAGCCAUAAUUCAACAGCACAAGGAACUAAUUAUAAAUGAACGUUGCCUUGGACUGGAUCAUCCCGACACUGCUCACAGCUAUGGGAAUAUGGCUUUGUUCUAUCAUGGCCUUAAGCAGACAGAGCUGGCAUUACGUCAUAUGUCACGAGCAUUGCUUCUUUUAGGUUUAUCCUCCGGCACAGAUCACCCUGAUGUUGCUGCUACUUUCAUAAAUGUUGCUAUGAUGUAUCACGACUUUGGCAAGGUGGACACAUCCCUUCGAUAUCUGCAAGAAGCCUUGAAAAAGAACGAGAAGUUGCUCGGAGAAGAUCACAUUCAAACUGCCGUGUGCUAUCAUGCAUUAGCCAUCGUGUUCAACAGUAUGGGUGCAUUCAAACUUUCUUAUCAGCACGAAAAGAAAACAUAUGAUAUUCUUGUAAAACAACUCGGAGAAGAGGAUGCUCGGACAAAGGAGGCUCAGAAUUGGAUGAAAGCAUUUAAGAUGCGCGAGCUGCAGGCCAAUGCACAAAAGCAGAAAGGUGAGAAUCCGAAUUCUGUUUCAGCCCAGAAAGCCAUCGAUAUACUAAAGGCUCAUCCGGAUCUGAUACAAGCAUUUCAAGCCGCAGCUGUGUCCGGAGGCACUGGCAGCUCGGCCAACAAACUAAUGAACAAUGCUGUUCUUGGCGAAGGACUUCCUCGCAGUCACGGACGAGGUGUUGAUGAAAGAGCAGCUCGUGCUGCUGCGGAAGUGAGGAAGAAAGCCGCAGCAAAAGGUCUGACAAUACGGCCACAAGGUGUUCCCGUACCAUCACCGCCUCCCCUCACUCAGCUCAUUAACAUAAUGAGUGCGGGAGAUGCGGCAAACAACAACGAGGUUAUUGAUAAAGGGGUCGAAGAAUCUGCCAACGGCUAUGCUCCUACAAACGCAGUCGAAGAUCUGGAAAAGGAAUAUAUAAAUCAGACACCACCAGCAGGGUUGGGUUUAGGUUUGGCUUCUUUGGACGGCAAGAAGCGAAAAACAAAGGCGAAGGGAUCCUCGUCGUAACAACAACACUGGCCGUGUUUUUGGAUUUUGAAGGAAUUUUUGCAGUUGAGGAGGGUGACUGACCCGAGUGGAAAGACGAAUGGAGUCGGAAAGGGACUAACUGAUUGACUGAGUGGCUGACACAGGUGAAAGAUUAUAAUCUUAUAUCUAUUGGCUAUAUUUAUAAGUUAAUUUUGAAUAAUGUUGGUUAAUUCAUGGUAGAAUAAUUAUGAUUUUAACUAAUUCUCUAUUGAAUGAAUGAGAGAUGAGUGUGGAGCAGAGAAGUGGGUAAUUUGUUUAGGCAAUUUUCUGAAUGUGAGACUACAUUUAUUUGGUUUUCUAAGGCUAUGGGAAUUUUGUUUAUUUAGACAUUA